UCCCCUCGCUCGAGAACGAGUGUGUCCACACUGCGCACGCGCGGCUGAAGCAGGCUGCGGUGCGUUCACACAAGAAGCUGAGGAAGAUCAUGAUGAGGUGGACUGCAGCGGACCUGGCGGCCCUGCGCCUCUUCAUUUUCGUCACGCUGAUUGCGCUGCCGCUCUCCGAGUCCUUUGUGCCCAAGCCCUGGAACCUGGAGGACCCAAAGAGGGUGCUGCUUGGCGGGGAUGCCGAGGCAUCCCUGGAGGAGGCCUCGGGGUUAUUCAGACGGCUCGAGAAGCAUCACGUGGUCAAGAGGAUGCAUGGCACGCUGGACCUCGAUACUAUGAUUGGGUACGCUCCUCCCUCAGCACCCCCAGACCUCCCCGAGGAGACGGGGCCUCACCAGGCUUUGGAGGCGGAGCUUGAUGAAGGCGGUCACUUCAGCGGGUUUGGCAUUCUUGACUCUUCCGUAUCGGCAUCGACGACAACGACGACGACGAUGACGACAGGCGUGGCGUCUUCGAACAUUGCCACGACUUUUGGCAUUCUUGACUCUUCCGCAUCGGCAUCGACGACGACGACGACAGGCGUGGCGUCUUCGAACAUUGCCACGACCACAGUGGCCCCUGGGACGAGCACCGGCACAGGUACCGACUUUGGACUGCUGGCGGCCAAAGAUUUUACCCGCAAUGCCACUGUGGCACGCAUCGACAUGGCCACCAGCAUACCGCCUCGGCAGCCCAAAGAGGAGGAAGAGAAAGAGAAGGAAGGAAAAGAAACCGGGGCCACGUCCACCUCAGAUGUUUCGCCCAAUGGGGGCUUAUCUGAGACCAGCUGGAACUGGAUGACCACGGCCCCUCAGGAGGCACAUGUGGUGUGCGUGGACUGGACACAGCCAAGUGGACAUGGCUACGUCAUCCUCAACAUGACACACAAUCUCAACUGCGAAGAGUUCCGCAGUGAUGGCGGUAUGCACUUGCUGAAAACAAUGGAGCGCCGGUUUGCACGCCGCUUGAAAAGCCCCGAGGGAUCUUGGGUAAUUUACCUCAGCAAGCCCACGCACCAACAGCGACAGAUGCUGAUGCACGUGGCGUCUGAGCAUGGUGUAAUGUCCACUAAGGAACUGCUCAACCUGCUGGGAGAAAUGCGUUUAAGUUUAAACAAGGUGGGCAUCCAGGACUACAGCGCCCCUUCGACGUGCCCACCACGCCGCAGUCCAUCCCAGCGUAGCGACUACAGCAAACUGUUUGUGGUCCUGGUGGUCAUUGGCUCCAUCUGCCUGGCCAUCAUCACAUCAGGCUUCAUCUACAUCUGCUGGAAAAGACGGCCCCCUACCGCCAAGACCACCUUCCGCGGCGAGGAGCUUCGAUUUGUGGAGAACGGUUGCCAUGACAACCCCACCCUGGACGUGGCGGGCGACAACCACCCUGACGACCGGCCUCAAGACCGCCAAGAAGACGACGAAGACCAGAAGAAGAAAAACAAGAGGCCGAGUACCAAUGGACUGGUGGGGGGAGGCGAAGGCGUCUGCAGGGACGACGACGACGACGACAACCCUCACUGGCAGGUGUUUGUCAAUCAAGCAGUAGCGGAGGAGGAGGAAGAAGAAGAAGAGGACACACACCUUUGAUGGAAGAGGAUGACAACGAGGAUGGAGUGUCUGUGCCUUGAGGGAGGUCGCCAAAGUGGAGUCAGCCACCCACAUCACCGCCAGGGCUUGAGAGCCAUGCUAUCUUUUCACCACGGCGAAACAUUUCGACUGAAGUAGCUCAUCGCUGCUCUCAUUUCCACGGGUAGGACAUUCCAGCAUGCCGGAGCCCAAAAAGAGCAUGCUCGGGAACCUGCAGACUUGGUCGCUAAAUGACCCACGUGUUGCGAAUGUGGCUUUCGGGAUGGAAGAUAUGGCACCACGAAGUCAGCAAGAAACAAAAUCUUUACAUGGCAUCUCAAGUGCGCCGGGAGCCAAUGCAAGUUCUACGUUGCUAUGCUUGGCAAUCUAAACUCCAAAGCAGAAGAUACAAGCUGUGUUUUGCGCUGCUAGCGGGCCUAUUUUCAUACUUAUCA